ACCGUGACGUCAGGAAAAUUGGUUGAAAUAACUGUGUGCAGAAGCCGAACAAUAUGAUAGCAACGCCUCAGCCCCUCGAUUUCCGCCCAAUGAUUCCAUCCAGGAAUGUUGAGCCCGUGUGAAACUCCCAGUAACCGAUUCCCGUCGCUCUGGUCGGUGGAUCUGAUCAAAAGUCACGAAGCCUUGCUGAAUUCAGCCAGGAGGGAUGCUAUAAUUUUGCUCAGGUCUAUCGGGAGCGCCUCCAAGCUGUGGAUCAAACGUCCGUCCAACAUCCUUUUGCUGUAUUACCGGUGGAAAUGGGCCGACGCUCUCAACGACAUAGUCAAUCUGCAUCGAAGGUGGAAUGGAACAGAGUCCGCAGAAGCUACCAAUAGUAUCACCUCCCUUCGACGAAACUGGAGUGGAAAAGUAUACGAUCUCCAUCGAAAAGGUGUUUCUGUAAUAGAACUGAAUUCUAUUGAGCAACAGCAUGUGAAGUUUAUCUCUGAAUUUAUAUACUUACAAAACCGGACGCUGCGACAUGCAGCAGUCACCACCGAGGAAUUGAUACAUAUGCAUAACAAAGAAAGCCGGACUGUUGGUAGCUGUAUUUCUAAUACCGAACAAUCGUUAUUCUGUGUGUUUCCAGAAUCGCUGGUCUGCUUGGAAAUGUUCUGCAAGGAUGUGAUGGAGCUCUCGGAGGAAUUAUAUAAAAACUCUGUCCAUGUGUUGGAAUCAAACACAACGGUCCUACCUGAUCCAAACUAUGAAUGGUGGCGGAUAAGCCUUCCAGACUGGGUACAAUACAUCAGUGGUGUGCUGCCUGCAUUAGAAGAUACGAUUAUUAAAAUACGGAACAUAACUCAUCAGUUUCUAGAAUACUUUAAAACAACUACCAUUGCUUGUAGCUUAAAGAGUCAUCCAGAUGUUGGGUACUAUGUCAGUGAUUACAGUUUUAAAGAAGCGUAUAUGAAGAAAGUGUGGCAUUUGUAAUGGGCUUAUACUGAAUAUAGAGGAGAAGCAAUCAGUACAGACCUGUGGCAUAAAUAAAGAUAAGGAAAGAAAUUCAUUUAGUUCUCAUUCAGUCCAGCUAAUCACAAAAAAAUACAGUAUUUGUGGAAAGGCUAUGCUAGAGAAUUAAUAAAUAUCAUGUCAGUAAUUGUUCCAAUAUAAACAUAGCAACUAAUCCCAAAUGAAAUUGAAACACUAGGAUCUGUGUUCUAAAAAUUACUAUUAGAUAAUAAAUUAAUUAAUUAGCUUUCUAAAGUCAGAAUCAAAUUUAUUAUAAAAUUUGCUGUGCACUCACUCACUGGCACUUUGUUAGGUACGGGAUUCCUUUAAAGUGGUCACAGGAGUGGAACCCAGUGUGGCCUUUUGCUGCUGUAACCCAUCCACAUCAAGGUUCGACAUGUGUGUUCAGAGAUGCUCUUCUGCACGCCACUGUUGUAAUGCGUGGUUAUUUGAGUUACUGUCACCUUCCUGUCAGCUUGAACCAGUCUGGCCAUUCUCCUCCGACUCUCUUACUAACAAGGUGUUUUUGUCCACAAAACUGCUGCUCACUGGGUGUUUUUUUUUGUUUCUCACAUCAUUUUUUUUGUAAAUUCUAGAAACUGUUGUGUGUGAAAAUACAAGGAGGUUAUAGCAGUCUCUGAGAUACUCAAACACCCCAUCUGUCACCAACAAUUACUCCACUAUCAAAGUCAUUUCUUCCCCUUUCUGAUGUUUGGUCUGAAAAACAACUGAACCUCUUGACCAUUUUUGGAUGCUUUUAUGCAAUGAGUUGCUGUCACAUGAUUGGCUGAUUUGAUAUUUGCAUUAAUGAGGUGUACCUAAUAAAGUGGCCACCUUGAGAUUAAUUGUCUUGCAGGAAUUGACAGUAAAAUAAAUGCAGUAGAAUUCAUGGAAAAUUAUAAACAAAGACUGACAAACAACCAAUGAGCAAAAGCCAAAUUAUGCAAAUAGAAAAAUAAUACUGUGGAGACUUUAAUCCACAAGAAUAAUUAUACUUAUAUUAGCUCAUCUCCCUGGAAGCUAAUGUUUCAACAGCUCACUUGGAAUCCAACUAUUAAAAGCAUUAAAGACCUGAAUCUAUAGUCAUACUCAGUCACAAUCUAAAAAGUAGACAAGAUUGUACUAAUUAUUGUUUGAUUGUUACUACAUAAUUGUUACUCUUUGUAGUUUGAAUUUCUAUGCUGACUUGUAUUUUAUAUAGUUACCUAUUAUACAUGUAAUUGUUCAGUGUGUGCUCUGGUGGUAGCAGUUGCAAAUAUCGCUUUAUUUGAAUUGGGGUUAUCUGAUUGGUUAACUCUUAUGUACAAAUUUGAAUGGAAUGUCUGUUAUCUAUGGAAGUUCAAUGGAAGUAGCAAUCUGGUCUAAAAGGGCAGAGCACAUGGGCUCAAUCUCUCAUCCCUUUGUACUCUUUCUUCAUUAUCGCCUGCUCCCUGCUCUCGUUACUCUCCUUAUCCAAUUCCCUUGUUUCCUUAGUGCUUAAUAAAUGAUCAUGAGCAAUGAGUUUUAUGCCUCAUUGUUGACUUCUGAAAUAAUCUCGGAUUCCAACAUUGUCCAAUAUUAAAUAAUUGGUUUACCAAAACAAAUUAUGGUUAAUGCUUUGAGCAUAAAAUUAGAUGCUGGAAAUCUAGAACAAAACCGCAAAUUCUGGAAGCACGAGACAAAUCAAUGAUUCCCUUAUUCAACCAUGUGUCAUUACUGUAUAAGCAAUGAUUAACAGAAUAUACUAUAACGUUGCAGUUGUUGUUCCCCUCCGAGCCUUGUGGCGCAUCGGAUGACAACCUGGCUGUCCCUUUAGCAUUUGUCUGUUUUUUAUGAGGCCGAGUUGCUAGCUUGACGCUCAACCCAGCACGAAUGGGAAGUGUGCGAGGAGCCAGCUGGAUUUGAACCCCGGAGCAUUCACCUUGAAGUCUGGUGCAGAUGCCACUACACCAUCGGCUGGCAAAGUGUGCUAUAAAGUGCUUAAAUAUUUGUUAGCUCACGUUGGAGGACACAGUUUCUGUCCCUCGUUUCAUCAAAAACUUUGUAUAAACUAUCAUUUAAUGUCAUUGUUCCAAAGAUAUAACUUUCCAAAUUCAUAAUGGCUUUACAAAUUUGUACAUAAGGCAAUUAUCUUCUACUGUAGCUUUCUGUUAAAAUGUAAAUGUAUAUGAUUAUUACAUGCAAACAAAUUGUUAAAUGGAGAUAUUAUGCAUAUUGCUGGUAGAGAAAUAUUAUUUAAUUGUGUUUCAUUAAAUAAUUGUG